GGGGAAGUGCUGUGGGAGCCGCUGUGGUUGCUGUCCGCCGAGUGCAAGUGCGUGCCUUUGUUUGUGUCCCUGGCCAUGGCGCUGCAGCUCUCCCGGGAGCAGGGAAUCACCCUGCGCGGGAGCGCUGAAAUCGUGGCCGAGUUCUUCUCAUUCGGCAUCAACAGCAUUUUAUAUCAGCGUGGCAUAUAUCCAUCUGAAACUUUUACUCGAGUGCAGAAAUACGGACUCACCUUGCUUGUAACUACUGAUCUUGAGCUCAUAAAAUACCUAAAUAAUGUGGUGGAACAACUAAAAGAUUGGUUAUACAAGUGUUCAGUUCAGAAACUGGUUGUAGUUAUCUCAAAUAUUGAAAGUGGUGAGGUCCUGGAAAGAUGGCAGUUUGAUAUUGAGUGUGACAAGACUGCAAAAGAUGACAGUGCACCCAGAGAAAAGUCUCAGAAAGCUAUCCAGGAUGAAAUCCGUUCAGUGAUCAGACAGAUAACAGCUACGGUGACAUUUCUGCCACUGUUGGAAGUUUCCUGUUCAUUUGAUCUGCUGAUUUAUACAGACAAAGAUUUGGUUGUACCUGAAAAAUGGGAAGAGUCGGGACCACAGUUUAUUACCAAUUCUGAGGAAGUCCGCCUUCGUUCAUUUACUACUACAAUCCACAAAGUAAAUAGCAUGGUGGCCUACAAAAUUCCUGUCAAUGACUGAGGAUGA